GUCUAUAAAAGAGAACAGAAGGCACAGCCGUGGCAACCAAACUGAAUCCCCCACCACUUCACAGUUCACAGACAGAGAGGCUCUUCAGAGGCUAUUAAACCCGAGAGCAAAAACUACCCAUAAGCUACUUUGCCUCCUCUCGAAUCUUAUAGUUGGUUUUUGUUCUAAUUUUGUCAAAAAGAUCUAAGCUUUUGUACUGAAUGGAGAACCCUUUGGGUCUUCUGAGAAUUCACAUACAAAGAGGAGUAAAUCUUGCUGUUAGAGAUAUGAGAAGCAGCGAUCCCUAUGUUAUUGUCAAGAUGGGCAAGCAGAAGUUGAGGACUCGUGUGGUGAAGAGGAAUGUGAAUCCAGACUGGAAUGAACAAUUAACUCUUUCAAUUUCCGAUCCAAAUGUCCCAAUCAAGCUGUUUGUGUAUGACAGAGACACAUUCACUUUUGAUGACAAAAUGGGUGAUGCAGAGUUUGAUAUUGGUCCAUUGUUCAAAGUUAUAUCCAUGAGACUAGAGGGUCUUCCUGAUGGAACAGUAAUUACAAAAGUAACACCAACCAGGCAAAACUGUCUCGCUGAAGACAGCUGCAUUGUCUUCUCCAAUGGAAAAGUUGUGCAAAACAUGGUUCUAAGACUGAGAAAUGUAGAAUGUGGGGAAAUAGAACUUCAAUUGCGGUGGAUUGAUAUCUCUGGUUCUAUGCAUUUGUAGAUGGGCUCGGAUUUGUUUUUGCAUAGGGCAAGGUUUGGAGCAUCAAAACCUGUGCACAAAAUUAGUUUAUUCAUUUGGUUUGGUAUAUAUGCCCAUAGAUAAGAAAGGUAGAGUUUCUCCAAAAAAAAAGGAGAAAAGUAGAGUAAUUUUUAGCAUUAUCCACCUCCUUGUUGUUAUCAAUCAUGUGGGGUGUGAGAAACCAUAUACUUGUAUCUUCCAUUUUCUAUAAUAUACUGAUUAUUUGAUUCUUCA